AUGAAAAACCUGAACAGCAGAAAUAGGCCUAAUGAAGCUGGGAAUGGCUAUGGUGCCAAGGAUUUUACAAGUUUUAAAUUUAAUCCAAACGCUCAACAAGUCAUCAAGAAGGGAGGUGCCGGGAGAAGGAAAGGUGUGCAUCAGAUGAAAAUAAGUGAAAUGCCUGAAUGUCAAGAAGAUGUUCAAAAAUAUUGUCACACCAAACAAAACAACUUCGCUAUUCUUGAUUGUUUGCAGAGUGACUUGCAGAUGGAGCAAUCUGUUUCAGUACCAUGCCAACAUGUUCUAUGGGUGUAUAAGAGAAACCUCACUAUGGAUAGUCGAUUUGAUUUAGCCAGUAAAGAAGUUUGUGAUUCAGACAUAAAUAAAAUAGAUGAAUGUAGAGAAUUAAAGAAUGGUGCAGAAACAGGAUUUGUUAUACCAUGUUUAAUAGAAAAUAUUGAAAAUGUUACUGCUAAAACUUGUCAACAAUAUUUAGCCAAGAUGGCUACCAUAGUAUUCAGUGAUUAUCGUUUAGUUCAUAAAUUUGUUGGUCAUUGUAAAAAUGAUAUUGAAAAGUACCAUUGUGGAAGACUGGAUUCUGGUUUUGAAAAUGAAGCGAUGCACAAUCAAGGAAAGACAAUUGACUGUUUAGCCAAACAUAUGUCUAGAAAAAGUGAUGCUUUAGAAAAACCAUGCAAAAAGCAAUUGCUUCGUACAUUAGAAUUGCAGUCAGAUGAUUUUCAUCUGGAUAGAAAAUUAUAUUAUGCUUGUCACGAAGACCGAGAACAUUUCUGUAAGGAUAUAAUUUCUGGUGGAGGCAAAAUUUAUGAUUGUUUAUAUUUACACUUAUCCAGUAAAGAAAUGAGCACUAAGUGCAGAGAAAGGCUAGAAUUACGUCAGAGGCUAAUAGCAGAAGAUGUUAAAAUUGAUAAAAUAUUUUACAUAGCAUGUCGCGAUGAUAUUGAGAAAAAUGAUUGUUCGGGAACAGAGAGCAGUAACCAUGAUCUAAAACGAGCUACCAUAUUACUGUGUUUAGAAACUGCAGUAAAAAAAGGUAAGAAGAUAUCAAAAUGUGAUUGUAUUGAGGAAAUGAAGCAAGUUAGAAGUAAUAUUAUGGAAGAUUUUAAUAUUAACCCUGACAUACUGGUUGGUUGUAAAAAUGAAAUAGAUGAGCAUUGUUCGGACAGAGGAAUCAAUGGUCAAACUAUACAUUGUUUGAUGUCUCUAGCUAAUGUAAAAAAUAAUGCCAACAAUCAGGAACUCAUGGGAACAGAGUGCAAAGCUGCAUUACGAACACUGAUUGAAGAAGCUGAUGUAGCCAGUGAUAUCAGUAUAGAUAAAGCAAUAUUAAAAGCGUGUAAACCAGUAAUAAAAACACUAUGUAGUGAUGAAGAGGAUGAUGGAAGUAUCAUGAAUUGUUUAAUGGAAAAUAUAGAUGAUGAUGAAAUGACCAAUAAAUGUGAAGAGAGAUUGAUAGAAAUACAGUAUUUCAUUGUUCGAGAUUUCAGAUUAGAUGCUAAACUGUAUAGAAAAUGUCGUAAGUUUGCCAAGAAGUAUUGUAAGAUGCCAGGAACUUGGUGGGUUUCAUCUAACGAACAUCCACAAAAACCUAAAAUUAUAUUUGCCUGUUUAUAUCGUAAAUUACAACAGAAAAAGAUCAAGGUAACACGAGGAUGUAGACAUGAAGUUCGUAGAGUAAUGAGAGAGAGAGCUAAAAGUGUUGAUUUAGCUCCAGAGAUUGAAGAAAGCUGUCUAAAAGAUCUGGGUAGACUUUGUUCUGAUAAAGCUGAUUUGGAACAUGGAGAGGAAAUGGUAUGUCUACAAGAUAACUAUGAUGAAAUACAAAAUGAAGAAUGUAAAAAACAGAUAGGGGAAUUAACAGAAGAUGAAGAUGAAGAUUAUACAAUUGACACUAAAAUUAUGAAAGCUUGUACUCCAAUGAUUAAAAACUUCUGCAAUAAUUUAUUAGAGCAAGAUUCUGAACCAGCAGAUGUUUUAGAAUGUUUGAUUGAACAUAAACAGAAUUCAAAGAUGGAUUCAAAAUGUGCAGCUGGAAUUGAACAUCAUCAACUUAUAUCAUUAAAACAUUUCAAAUUCAAUCAUAAAUUUAAAGAGUCCUGUCAGGCUGAUGUCAAAAAAUAUUGUGAAAGGAAAAAAACAAAAUUUGAAGUUGUAAGCUGUCUGAGUGAACAUGUCAGAAAUGAUACAUUAUUUGAUAAAACUCAACGUAUUAGUAAAAAAUGCCGUAAACAGUUGAGAGUGGAGUUAUUACAAAGGGAAGAGAGUAUAACACUAGAUCCUGUCCUCAGUGAAAAAUGUAAAAGUGAUGUUUUAAAUUUCUGUAAAGAUGUGCAGGCUGGAAAUUCUGAGGUUAUCAAAUGUUUAAAACGGCACCAACAACAAUUAUCAGAUUCAUGUCAUAAAAUAAUGUUUAAAAGACAGAGAGAUCAGUUUGCUAUUGCUGAUUAUGGUUUAGCUACAGCCUGUAAAAGAAUGAUUGAGGAACAUUGUGCAGAUAAAGAAACUGAAGUUGAUAUAUUAGAAUGUUUAAAAAGAUCUAAAAAUGAUGCUAAUUUUGAUAAUACUUGUCGUACAGUAAUAUUGAGAAGACAAAUAUCUCAAAGUAAAGAUUAUAGACUCAAUCCACAACUGAGUAAAAUGUGUCAAAAUGACAUUCCUAAAUUUUGUAGAAGUAUUUUAGAUAGUGCUAAAAAUGAUGAGGCAUUAGAAGGAAAAGUCAUAAACUGUUUAAAACAUCAAUAUGCUAUCAAGCGUUUAUCUAAAGAAUGUGCAUAUGAAGUAGGGGAUAGAGUGAAAGAGGCAGCAUCUGAUAUCAGAAUGGCACCACAAUUAACAAUCAUAUGCAAAUCAGAGGUAAGUUACAGACUAGCAGAAGCUUCACCAGGUCAAAUACAAGAAUGUUUAAAGAAAAAUCUGUUAGAUAGAAAACUAUCUGAUAAAGCCUGUAUGAAGGAAGUGGCAUAUUUAAUAGAAGAAGGACAGAUAGAUGUCAAUGUAGAUCCUUUAUUAAAUGAUGCCUGUCAACUAGAUAUUGUACAGUUUUGUCGCAAUGUAGAGAUUGGUGAAGGAAAAAUAAUGUCAUGUUUGCUGUCAGCAUUAGAAGAUAGUCCAACCAAAUUACAUCCCAAAUGUCAUAAAUUAUUAUCAAAUAGAAAACAAAUGUGGGAAUAUGCUGCUCAGGUUGCACCUCCUGAAUCAUUUCAAGAAGUUUAUGAAUCUAUAACACAAUCUCCUGCUAAAACCUACUUUCUGGGAGUAUUGGCAGCAGUGGUGGCAUUAAUAUUUAUUAUUGGUAUUUCGUGCGGGCGUGUGACGAAAAGGGUGAGGGCAGAGUUGAAAAAUAGAUAA